UUUCUUCUUGGGUUGAGCUCGGGUUUGCUGCGAUUCGAAGUUGAUUUCGGGGUACUCAUCGAAUUGCUUCCGAAAGUUCGAAAUUUUUUAAAGAAGAGGCUUAUUUGCAGGUUUGUGGAUGGAGGCCUUCGUUCCAGCAUGGGAAGCACCGAGAAUCCGGCUUCGACAAAGCAAGAUUUUGAGGAGACACUCCCUUCACUGAUCCAAGUUAUAUCUACCGAUGGAAUUAGUGGCUUUGACAACAUCGAAGCGAACAAUAACCCGCUUGUCUGCCCACCCGCUCAAGACAUUGAAGCAGCUUCCUCUGAUAAUGGAUCUGUUGUAAUGAGUUGCGAGAGAAUGCAGUCCAUUUCAAUCAGCAUGCCGCCGUCUCCAGUGGAAGCGCACCUGCUCAACGCGAAGAGGGUUCUCUUCAGCGAUCACGGCGAUACGAUAAUCACAAAUGGAAACCCAGAUACCACUGCCCCUUCGAACCUGGACUCCAAGCAGACAAAGUUCUAUUCGCAGCCAAUGCCAACAGGAUCGGCAUAUAGAGAGGCAGUCAACGGCAGGAAUUUCCCCAAACAUCCCAGCAUCGCGAAGGACAAAAGGUACGAUUCGUUCAAGACGUGGUCGGGGAAGCUCGAGAGACAGCUGUCCAAUUUACGCGGGAAGCCGCGCGGAGAUCCGAGUGAGGAUGGAACAGCACCGAAGGCGGAAAUUGAAACUUUGCCUGUGGACAGAUACUUUGAUGCCUUGGAAGGGCCAGAACUGGACACUCUCAGGGCUUCAGAGGAAAUAGUCCUUCCGGACGACAAGCGUUGGCCGUUCCUUCUCCGGUGCCCCAUCUCUUCAUUCGGUAUCUGUCUUGGAGUCAGCAGCCAGGCAAUCAUGUGGAAAACUCUGGCCACCUCCGAGUCCAUGAAAUUCCUCCACAUAGACCCCAGAAUCAAUCUCGUCCUGUGGUGCAUAUCCGUCGCUCUCGUCGCGGUUGUCUCUUCCAUAUACCUGCUCAAAUUGAUCUUCUACUUUGAAGCAGUCCGCCGUGAGUAUUACCACCCAAUUCGUGUCAAUUUCUUCUUCGCCCCGUGGAUCGCACUCUUGUUCUUGGUUCAAGGCGUUCCGCCUUCAGUAGCCACCAAUCUGCAUGCGUCUCUUUGGUACGUCCUAAUGACGCCUAUUUUCUGUCUGGAGCUCAAGAUUUAUGGACAGUGGAUGUCGGGAGGCCAAAGGAGGCUCUCGAAAGUCGCUAAUCCUUCGAACCAUCUCUCGAUUGUCGGGAACUUUGUGGGGGCAUUUGGGGCGUCUAUGGGGCUAAAAGAGGGUCCUCUAUUUUUCUUCGCCGUGGGGUUAGCUCAUUACACAGUUCUAUUUGUGACACUAUACCAAAGACUGCCAACAAAUGAGACACUCCCAAAAGAGCUCCACCCGGUGUUCUUUCUCUUCGUGGCUGCUCCAAGUGUGGCUUCGAUGGCGUGGGCAAAAAUACAAGGAUCGUUCGACUACGGUUCCAGGAUCGCCUACUUCAUAGCUUUAUUCCUCUACUUCUCUCUGGCAGUUCGAGUCAACUUUUUCCGAGGUUUCAGGUUCUCGCUGGCAUGGUGGGCAUACACUUUCCCAAUGACCGGUGCUGCCAUCGCGACCAUGAGGUAUGCGAAUGAAGUGACAAACGUGGUGACACAAGCUCUCGCAGUCACACUCUCUUCCAUCUCCAUGCUCACUGUGACGGCUUUGCUCGUCACCACAAUCUUGCAUGCCUUUGUGCUUCGCGACCUUUUCCCCAAUGACAUUGCCAUUGCUAUCAGUGAGAGGAGGCCAAAACCACACAAGAAGUGGUUUCAUUUAAGGCACGGAAGCUCGGACACCAAAGAAAUUGAGAACUACUUAAAAUUUGCUUGCUCCGAGAGCAAGGACAUCGACGAGAGCAAGGACAUCGAAGCAUCUUUAGGACAUCCCAGCUCUGAUACCGACAGAGAGUGUAAGCUACCAGUGUGAGCGGGGACAACAUCACAAAUGAUCUUAAAUGCAGAUGCCCAAAACCAUGUAGAUGCUACAGUAGCCAAAUUUUCUAGAUCAACGCAUGUGAGGAAUGUGAGUUCAGAUUCCAAUGAACAUGUGUAUCGUGGGGGAUUCGGGGUUUAAUUUGCUAAGAACAUGAGCCUAAAUGAGUUGUAAAAUGGCCGUUUGUUAAGUCGUAUAUCAGUGAAGAAAAUGAUCUGUUGUCUCUUGAGAAAGAAUAUAAUAAAUAAAUGGUCUUCACAUA